GGACGACAAAAUAAAAUACCCCUACGACCGUUAGCAAAUCGGAUCUUCAAAAUGGACUCGACUCCAACACUCUGUCUCGAUGUCAUAACGACGAUUGCGAAACGCCUAACGCCCAGUAGGGCAAUGAAGCUUGCUCUUACAUGCAAACAGCUGUAUGAAAUCGUAUCCUUACAACUGUAUAGAAGGAUGGUUUUCGACGAGCCAAUAAGAGAAUACGACAUCGUCACUCCAUUUGAGGAUGUCAUAAUGGAAGGCGACGUAGCUCUGCUGUCUUGGAUAUACGAUAUAGUAGCUUCAACUACUAAUUCCGAGAGAACUUGGGCGUGGUACAUGAAGAACUACGGACAUCGCUUAUUUAACACGGCUGCUACGAACGACAUUAAGUGUUACAAGUUUCUUCUGGGUACAUUAUUGACGGACGCGUCUCUUAUUGAGGAACGGAAAAGUCUUGGGAAAAAUUGGAACAAGCUUAACCCCGAGGAUCAGUACAGACCUUACCUGGAAACGAUACAUACUGUAAACCCCUGGAAGUUGUUUGUAUAUGCCGUUGGCGGUGGUGAGGUCGAGAAUGUUGGUGCCAUUCUUGACAGUAGAUAUGACCUCCUCGACAACGAUGUAAUCGAUUCCGAUCGAGUUAUCCCACUCGUACGCGGUUGCUGGCAUCCCUCGGCAAAAAUGAUUGAGUAUUUGGUCGACCGUGGUAUAAAAUUACCUCGUAAUUUACUCUAUAGUUUAUGCGAGGAAAUGUCCGACUGGGGUGACGUCGAGUUCCCCGGUAAGUUGGACGUACUUGUCUGUAAGGGUAUUGAUGUGGAUGGCGCCUACGAAGAAACCAACUACGAAACGCCUCUCUUCAAAUGCUGCAAAGACGGGAACCCCCAAAGCAUCAUAACGUUGUUGAAGAAGGGCGCGAACCCCAACGGAAUUGGAUGUAUCGAAGCCAAACCAAAGCAUCGGCUGGAGGACCAUCUUACCCGGCCAAUUGAUAUCCUCAUUGAGAAUUGCCCGCGGUGGUUUGACAAUUGGCGGAAAUUUGGUGCGAAAAUGCGUUUGGCUAUUGGCGGGCUGAUUGAACAAGAUGCUUCCCUAUCGUGGGCGCCAUUUGGGGGUGACCCUGUACAGAAACUCAUCCAUUAUAUUUGGAGGCAUCUGUGUAUGGCCGCAAGGGAACUUUCUGGAAUUGGGCCGGACCGCAAGGCGACGGUGGAUGAGCUAUUAGACAUACUUCAAUGCGAUCACCCAUCCAAGGACGUAUCCAAAGACAUAUCGGACUACAUAGAGCUUUGCGAUAUGAUGGUUAGUCGAAGCCCAAAAUACUCGGCUAUAAUGGGGGGCUUGAAGGGAAAGGAGUGCUUAUUUGCGCUCAUCAACCAUUUUCGAGACUCGGGCUUCCGUUUCCGCCCGCGGUAUAAGUGGACUAUUUGGGAACUGCACUACUUUUCUAGGUUAUCGGGUGAAUUUUCAGACGAUGGAUGGUCAGAAGAUUGGAGUGACGCGGACGAUUAUGGAUAUGAUGAUUGGGAGGAAGAAAUUGAAGAAAAUGUAGGCGAAGGCGCCAAAGAAGACAAUAAGGAAAGUGUCCAAGGCGUCGAAGAGGAUGUCAACGAACAGGUCGAGGAAGACGCCGAGGAAGAGGUUGAGGAAGAGGCUGAGCAAUACAUCGAAGAAAAAUGCCCUGAGGAAUACAUUGAAGAAGACGACGCUUGGCACUAUUCUAGAUGGGAACGGCAUGAUGAAAUUCUCAUUGACGUUAGGUGGUAUUUAUUUUAUUUGCACGGUAAUGGCUGGUAG